CCGGUUUACCUGGGGUCUCUUCCCCCCCCCUACCCUUACAAUAAAAAGCUGUAAGUGUUGGGUGGGUGACUGUUACGUCAGAAAAUCCGUCUGUCUGUCUGUCUGUCUGUCUGUCAGCGCGGGUCAUUUGUCUGGUUUACCUGUACUAUCAUACCUGUGCGCGCGAGUUACCUGCGUCUGCUCUGCACGUACGUAUGCAUAUAGUCGCCCUCUUGGAGCUGAUCUAUAAAUAAAUGCAUAAACAGAGCCGGGUUGUUAGACGUUCCAGAUCACAUCCAGAUGACUAUUAAUAUCUUUGUUUUGACAGUCUGUGUACAAACCGAGCAAACUGUGCCACAACAGCAAGGUGCCAUAAAAGGAACUUCUUUCAGUUCGUUUUGUCCUGGGGGUGUGCAAACUUUCGCACAGCACAAGUAUUCGUGCCCGUCCAAAGUUUCUGAAUAUCCGUUCUAGAUAUUUUCAUUAACCUUGGGCUCUAAAAUGGCCUAUAAUAAGAAGAUCUAAGUCGGAAAAAUAAACAAAUGAAGAAAUCUCGUUUAGGGUACACAAAUGGACCGGAAUUAGGUUUUAAGAUGAGUAAAUCACACUUUUAUGUAGUUUAAAAUCCUAUUAGGAUCUCCGAGAUUAGCCUGUUAAUCUUCGUUUAAAAUUCACAGAUUUGGGUUAGUACGUGGAACUUGUUUAAUUUAACAUAUUCGUUUCCUAUUCGAUCGCCAUUUGGUGCGACUUAGCUUUAUUAGUGACCUCAGUAAUGAUUAAAUGUGAAUAAAACAAGUUGGUGAAAUUGUGCCUUAUUAACACCGCGUUCGAGGUCAGCAUGAGAACAAAGCAACGGGUAAAACUCACUGUCCCGGCGAGUCCUCUUACUGUCAGCUCGACUCUCUGGGGCGUAGUUUGGUCCGACUCCAGUACAACCUAAUAUGCGGAUAUAUUUUUAGCCCUCGACUGGAACAGGUGUUUUUCCCGAAGACCUCGAUGAAAUCCUGACCCUCUCAGACGCCAGCGUUUCCAGCGUAAACACUUCAUCGGCACAAACGGUCAGCGGUGAUGCAACACAGCUUUCUCAUGCUCUGGAUGUGAUGACGAUGAUCACACGGCGUGACCGAAGAGCCACCUCGAACGCUGACACGGCAUAAUGACUGAGGAUUGCUAGCACUGAUGGGGGGGAAGAAGCCCUUCACCGAGGUCAUCAAAGCCAACAUCGGAGAUGCCCACGCUAUGGGACAGCGACCGAUCACGUUCCUGAGACAGGUGGUGGCGCUCUGCACGUUCCCCGAGCUCAUGGACAGCCCGAGUUUCCCCGAGGACGCAAAGUGGAGAGCACGGCGCAUCCUGCAGGGCUGCGGGGGACAAAGCGUGGGAGCGUACAGCGCCAGUGACGGGGUGCAGUGUAUCCGGGAGGACAUCGCAGCCUACGUCGAGCAGAGAGAUCAGGGAGUACCAGCUAACCGGGACAACGUCUUCCUCACCACCGGGGCCAGCGAUGGCAUCAUGACCGUUCUGAAGCUGCUGGUGUCAGGUGAAGGUCGGAACCGUACGGGGGUGAUGAUCCCCAUCCCUCAGUACCCGCUUUACUCGGCCGCCAUCGCCGAGCUGGGCGCCGUGCAGAUCAAUUACUACCUGGACGAGGACAACUGCUGGGCGCUGGACGUCAACGAGCUCCACCGAGCGUACCAGGCGGCGAAACAGCACUGCCAGCCCCGAGUGCUCUGCAUCAUCAACCCCGGAAACCCCACCGGUCAGGUCCAGAGCAAGAAGUGUAUCGAGGACGUCCUGCACUUCGCCUACGAGGAAAACCUCUUUGUUAUGGCCGAUGAGGUGUAUCAGGACAACGUGUACGCUCCCGACUGCCAGUUCCACUCGUUUAAGAAGGUGCUGUACGAAAUGGGGCCGGAGUACUUUAACAGCGUGGAGCUGGCCUCCUUCCACUCCACCUCCAAAGGUUACACGGGAGAGUGUGGCUUCAGAGGAGGCUUUAUGGAGAUCGUUAACCUGGACCCGGAGGUCAGGGCCCAGCUGGUGAAGCUGCUCUCGGUCAGAUUGUGCCCUCCCGUGGCCGGACAGGCUGCCAUGGACGUGAUCGUGAAUCCUCCUCGACCGGACGAGCCGUCCUUCGGGCGAUUCCACGAGGAAAAGGCAGCAGUGCUGGGAGCUCUAGCAGACAAAGCGAAGUUGACGGAGCAGAUCCUCAACACGGUGCCCGGGAUCAAGUGUAAUCCCGUGCAGGGCGCCAUGUACGCGUUCCCGCAGGUUUUCAUCCCUCCGAAAGCAGUGGAAGAAGCGAAGGCUUUGGGAAUGCAGCCGGACAUGCUGUACUGCCUGCGGCUCCUCGAGGAAACGGGAAUCUGCGUGGUGCCUGGCAGCGGCUUCGGGCAGCGCGAGGGCACGUACCAUUUCAGAAUGACCAUCUUGCCAUCUCCGGAGAAGCUGAAAGUGCUCCUGGAGAAGCUGCGAGAUUUCCACAUCGGGUUUCUGAACCAGUACUCGGACCUACAGGAGCCUCAGUGCAGAGUCCCAGCAUGAGCUGCCGACCGCGGGACGCGUCUGAAAUGUUACCUGACGCACCAAACACACGUAGCGGUAGUGUCGAGUAACAUCUGAUGGACAUCAAGUCCCCAUAAUCUGCUUUAAAGCUUUAAAUACACCCCCCCCCACAAAAAAACAACAACAACAAAACAUUUUCCCAAGGAUCAUAAAGAAAAGGUGUUUUCAUAAUCCACGUGCCUUUGUGCUACUGUAAAACAAUUCAGAAUGGGAUGAAGUCGGUCUAGUUUAGUUAGUAAAGCUCUGACGCUAAAGCAUGAGAUGAUGAAUUUCUACUAUAGGGUGUGAACGAGGACAUAGUCUGUUUCCUCCGUAUUCACAACGUGACUCAUCUUCACUGUUAAACACGCGUUUUUACAUCACAAGAAUUAGGUUUGUUCAUAUCAUGUCAAUAUCAGUGUAUUUCUUAAUCUCUCCUUCACGGUACACAAAGCCCCUCCGGUUAUAUCCCUUACAAAUGAAAAUACUGUGUGGCCUUAAAACACGUACGUAAUUCUGACUUCACAAUCACGUCAUUAAAACCGACGGCCGGGUCCGCUCGCCAACGUCGACGUCUGAGCUAACUAUUAGCUCGUGUAAACUAGCUUUCCAGCGGCCGUAUCCGGUUCCCAUCCGGCUAGAGAACACAAACGACUACACGGUGCGACUGGAACUCGUACCCGUAGCGGUUAGCUACAACAGGCUAUUACAAUUAAAAGAAAGGUUUCGAUUUCCUUAUUUUCAGGUUCCUAUUGUAAAUAGUUUCCGAUUUUAUUAUUAUUUUUAUUAAUAAGGGAUGUGAAGAGAGGGGCUCCGUCAUGAACUUAGCUCUGUUUUAGAAAGACUUUUGCACGUCCUGGAAAAACUGCCCCGUGCAGCAUUGAAGUAACGCACACCGGGACAGUGUCGACGUAAGUUUCCGAAACGCACAUUUUCAUCACGUUUGAAGUAUUUUAUUUCUGAAUGUUUGUAAUGUUUCAAAGCUAACUAGAGAAAGGGGCGUCUCAGCACGUCGUUUUUAUUUUAUUAUUAUUUUCCGGGUUUUUUUUUGUUUGUUUUUUUUUAGUAAAAAUCCAAAUUUUGCACAUUUUAAACGCACAGUUUGAUUUCUAAUAAUCUGAUUGUUACAUUUCGCGUAUCAGAUAUAGAGACUUGCCAAACCUUUUAUCACUGUUUACAAAAUGCUCAUUAUACCGUUUCCAGAUGUAAUGUAAUUUGAAGCAUCUAUGAUAUCGACAUGUUUUACUGACUAUCUGCACGUGUCUAAUCUCAAAGAUUGGACUACUACAUUAUCUUCACUUCACUUCACUGAGAUUGCCUUUUAUUUUUGGACGUCCAUGUCCUGGAGUUCAGAUUAACCAAGGCGAAUCAGUUUUGUAUGAAUUUAUUUUUUUUUAUUAUUAUUUAUUUAUCCCCCCCCCUUUCAAUUUUUACACUUAUUGCUUCAUUAACAUCUAAUUUGAUUAAUUUCAUGUAGAUACUAAUGAAUCUUCAUGCCAAACUAAAGCUGUCAUUAAAAUGAAGACUGUUAAAUUA